CUCAAAACAGGGGCAGACGCCUGUCAAUGAGAAGGCCCUACGUUUCGUCGAUCCCCAAGUUUUGAUCAAUGCCACCGGUGUAGACGUUAAUUUCGUCACAUCAGCAGACUGGGCACUCCUGUGGUUAAACGAUUCCUCGCAAGCGUACACCGCUAAGGCAAAUCUACUUGCGGCCAAUCACAGCCUGACAGCCGUUGUCGAGGUCCUGGCAGGGGACGGGAUAUGGCAGUAUGGUUGGGGAAAUCCGGCUAUGGAUGUUCGAGCUCCGGAUAUGGCAAUCUUGCCCGUUUACGGGACACUGUACGAGUCCCCGGGGAUACUUGAAGACCACGGAGGAUGGUAUGCAGAUGAUUUUCACGUCAACUUGAUGGCAGUAUCGGGUAAUCGGCUUCCAGCUGCCGGAACUGCGUUGUCACAAGUCGUCUUCAACCAGCAAAUUGCAGUCACCCUGCUGCAAGCAUUGGGACUUCCGUUGGCCCAUUUGGAUGGAUACAGGGCGGAGGAAACAUCGGUUCUGCCCGGAGUAUUUCGUUAGUCAUCGUUAAUACCCUUUUUAAUUACCGGGAAUAGCCCGAGAGCCGAG